AAUCAUUGGAACAUAAUGAGUUUUUAUCAAUUCCAAUUAUUUACCAAAUUUUGUUCAUAAGGUUACUUUCCUUCACUAAUAUUUGGAUCAGGGCUAUCAGUUCUCAGUCUUCUGGCUGAUACUGACUUGUCCAGGAGUUCUGCUUCAAUGAAAAAGAACAGCCUUUAGUCCUGUAUUCUUGGGCAUUUCUGAGCUUGGUAGUGCUACUGGUUUCAAUCAGGAGGCAAAUGCACAAGCUGACCCUGCAGCCCUUAUAUGGGGAACCAGUUUAUUUGUAUGUUGCUUGCUCAUUCUGUGCUUACACAGUAUGUCAGACUCCAAUGCAUGUAUGUUUCUUCUGGGAAAACCCUGGAUGAGUAGGGAUGGGGUUAGGGUUAGUUCCUUGUUUGCCUCAGAAGAAGUCUUGUCCAUGCUGGAAUCUUGCUAAUAGUUUGGACUACUUGGAUGGAAAAGGGCAAGUUAGGGUUUCAUGUUUGUACCAUCAGGCUCAAGGAUGAGAACGGUGAACACCCUUGAUCCUGGAGGAGUCAUGCAGCUCUGUGUACUGGAUGGGUUCCUGCAGAUAAAUCUUUUAUGAGCAGUGCCAGGAACCUUCCAACAAAGAAUUAGAGUUUGGCAUGUGAUUCAAAACACAUAGCAGGCUAUAGAACUUGAGUUUUCUGAGCUGCAGAGCACAGGGACAGUUGUUGGUACAGGUGUGAUAUUGGGGAAGGCAGAAUAUGAACUAUUUUUGUGCCUCAACAUGAUCAGGAGCUAUUUAGAAUUGUGUUACAGCAUAUGUCUAGAUACAAAUAUAUCUGUGCAUGGAUGGAGACCUUUCAUCUUUUCCAUAGAUUUUAGAAUUUUGACUGCCAUAUAACUGUGGCUUUGUUCUGUUUAAUUUUUUUUAAUUUUGAAAUUGCUACUGUGCUGGUUUAGGCCUUGUGGUCUGAAGGACCAUACCCUUCUUGCCAGCUGCAACUUUCUAAACUAGGUUUGGUUAUGCUUCACUGAGAAUUUUUUUGACAAGAAAGUUGCACUUUAUGUUUCCUAAGAAAGUUUCUUUGGUGUAUUUUAUGAAGGUCACAUACAACUAGAGUCAGGUUUCAGAGCUACGAGAAGAGUUUAGUUGCACCACAAGUGUUCUCCCACCCAUGUUAGAGUGUUGGUCACGGUGACUUACGAAGUACAGGAGAAAAAAGAACCAUGUUUCCAGCUUCUGAGAUACUAUUGUUUAUAGGAAGAUUUGUUCAGUAUUGAAUUAUUGUUUGCACAUGGUAUAAUGUAUGACUAGGUAGCCUUUUUUCACCACCACCCCCAACCAAUAUAUCAGCCAUAAUCCAGGGAUAUCAAAGAUGAAAAGAUGUGCUUCAUUAACUACAUAGGGAACAAAAGGAAGAUGGGAAAUUUAUCAGUGGGACAGGGGACUUGAUUGGUCAGGAUGUGAGAAGGACUCAGCUGCUGAAUUUCUCUUCUGCCACAGUUGUUACUGUCAAGACUAUUAAGGCUGGAGUAGAUUUUGCAUUACUAUUCUAGUCAGUAUUUGAUUAAGACUAUGCCCUUAAUAAUGAUUUUAUGUUAUGGAUUAUAACUCUGGCUUUUAUACUACUUCUCCAAGUAUGGCUUUUUAGCAGCAGGCCCUGAGCCUAACUUGUUUUUUCCUUUAACAAGGGCCAAGCUCUGGUCUUCUUGACUCUAGGUUAGCUGCCUGACUUACCAACCAAGGUACUUUAGGCUUGCUGGUGAAAGAUGACUUUUUUAACUCAGGAGUCCUUUGUGUGAAAUAGUAACACAACACCCACCCUCCACAGGGGCAAUGGCCAAGGGUAUUUUUUGUUUCUCUGACAGGCAGUUACUUAUUGAGGAUUAACUGCUUGCUUGUCCUUUUAUUCUCAGUUAUUGUCUUUUAAGUUCACAAGUUCUCAGUCUUUGGCAGGAGUCAUAAAAGUGACAGCUCUUCACUGUGAUUUUCUUUCAUAAGGGUACAGCUCUUCCACAGUUCUUCCUCCUCUGUCGGUAGAAUCAGCUUUGCCUUUGUGCACAUGCCAUUCUCAUGUUUCAGGGGGAAAAAAGCCAGGCAAACAACCUUUUAUUUUAACCUCUGAAGUAAUAAUGUAAGGUAAAUUCAUGGUUAAAUUGAUUAAUCUGUGUUUUUCCACUUAAAAUACCAAAAUACCUAUAUGUGCCUGCAUUUUGAAAUACAUGCUGUAUUCUCUGUAGAUAACACCAAAAAAUCAGACUGCAGAUUUCUGAAACGUGAAUUAUUGUCCUUCUGCAUGAGUGUUGUGAUGAGCUGAAGGUGACUUACGGUUUUGAUUGUGUGCAUAUUUAUGCUGCCCUGUUGAAGGGCUCAAGUGUAUUUUAAGCAGGAGCAGCAUUCUGUUGCUGCCACAGAAGCCAGUGGAAAUGUGAAUUCAGUUAAUAUGGGAAAUUAUUCACACUGACAGUAGUAUAGUGUGAAUAUUUGUCAGGGACAAAUAAUGUGAACUUUUAGUAGCAACUACUUAGAGAAUCUUGCUAAGCUGACAAAGGAAGUUGAUAUGUGUGAGAUCUGGAGUAGGCGUUCAGGAGAGUAGAAACAAGAUUGGUGCAGUAAGGUCAUAGUUUAUGUCCAUAACUUUAACAUCCUAGUACCUUAGCAAUUUAACAUCUGCUCUUCCUGAUAUUUUUAUGAAAACAACAAAAUAUUUCAGAAGCUGCUUCUUCUGACUAAUACUGCUGCCUGCCUCUUGGUGUUUCUUUAUGUCUUUUCCCAUGGAUAGUUAAUUUUUAACUUUAUUUAUGAACAAAAGAAUUUCUUGUGUUAGACAGCACAUUUGCACUAAUCUGAGUACCAGUGGUGAGCAACUGUUGAACUCUUUUCAAAGAUUGUAGUCCAUUUCUGGGAAAGUGAGAAGCUUUCAAUAUAAUAAAUGCCUUUUGAUAGUCAUUUGCUGCACGUUUAGUUCAGUAUUUUAACUUUUAUGUUGUCCUUUUCACCCCAGGUUAAUCUGGGGUGCACUUGGGUUGGGUGACGGUGAAGAAAACUCCCUCCUUGUGCAUAUACUUUGUGCAGUGAGAUGUUUGGUUUGUUUUGGAGAAAAUUACACCCUGUGAGGGAAGUGCUUCACCUGAUGAAUGCUGCAUAGAAGCCAAGGUGCCAUGAAAGGCAGCAAUUUAGAUCAUGCCAUAGAAACUUGUAGGUACAGUUUAGAUAAGCAAAUUCAAAGGUCUUUGGUUUAAUAAUUACAGGCUAAUAUUACCCAUGGGGUCCACACUGCUCUCAGAUGAUUCAUAGAGCUUAUCACUGAUUUCCUGUGUGCAACUAUUGCAGGGUGUAAAUUGAUGGGGGAGGGUGGAUGUUUUCUCUUUCGAGUCCCUUUCUUAGAGCAUUGCUGUGUGUUGCAUGUGAAUGGGGAGAGCAGGUUGGCUCUUCCAUGAACUGCCUGCCAGGAGGGGCAGCAGCUGGUAAUUAAUUCCCAGUGAACCCUAAAAGCUUGGGAGUUCAUCUUGUUAGUCCUGGGUCAGGCUCCCAUACACAUUCCCAUGGAUCAACAAAAUGCUCAGGAAGACCUAACGUAUAAACUAGUGGAAAUGGGGAGUUAUUGUACUCCUUGUGCCUGUGAAAUCACUCCAGGGUCUCAUGUGUUUUAGAGGCUGGUAUAAAAUAACAUUUUCCAUGUUUUUGUGUUUCUUCUCUUUGGUCUAUCCUGUUUCAUUGCAUUGUCUUUAAUCACUGCUUUUGCUUCACUUAGCCUCAGUCCUUGUUCUUCUCAAAGGUGGCAGUUUUCUUCUGUGUUUUCUGUAUCAGAGCUCUCAUUUAUUAAAAUUUUAUUCUUUCUCUGCUAUGAGAUGAUAACAACAGCCAGAAGAAGAGUGGUAACUAUAGUAUGAUGGCAGUGAAAGGCUGUAUGAAAAUGGAGCCCUUGAAAGAGGGCAGGAAGUGGAAUAAAGGACUGGCUCCUCAUAGACCUAACACUUUUAAAAAACUGAACCUUUGCCUUAAGGAGCAGGAAGAUUUUCCUCCUUCAGUUGUUUGUGAGAGGGAGAAUACUGAACAAACACCCAAAAGGUGGUACUGACAGGCAGCAGAUAAUAAUGAUUUCUGAUACCAGUCAGGUGUUGUGGGGUUCAUGCUGCGUUGUGCAGAGCAAUGUAGCAUCAAUAAUACUCUCUUCAGAAGAAAACAGUUUAUUUCUUCAGAGAUUCAUAUGGUUUUUAUUUUUGAUGGGCUUUACACAUAGUCAGCAGAAUCUCUUGCUUUCCAGCUGUUGUUAAUUUUUGUAGGAACAGAAGUAGGAAAACCUAUGUAUUGCCAGGCACUGUACACAGACAACUUUGGGUAGUGGUUGCAUUUUCUGAUCUGAAAAAAAAAAAGAAAGAUUGAGCGAGAAGAACAAAACAGGAAAAGUGAUUUGCAUAAAAUCAUGCAGCUGGUUUGUGGCUGAACUAAGACUGAAGCUCAGUUUCUUUGUUUCUGACCAGUUGUUCAUACUUGCUGUUACUUUUGUGUAUUGUCAUAACCUUUUUUCAUGAAAUUUGUAAAGGUGUGGAAGUGGUAGAAACUAAUUCUCUCCUUCCUUUUUUCUUUUUUUGUAGUCCAGGUUAAAGUCAUAUUUUGUGACAUUUGAAGAGUAAACAAUACUAUGGCUCCAUGAAUUUCAAAACUGCAGGAAGUGCGGCAGCCCUCCCUACCUCCAGCUUUACUUCCCUACUGUUCUUAUUGGGAUCUGUGAUUUCAUCCCCACUGGAUAUGCAGUGACCUGCCUUGGCAUCAGAGCAGAGGAAGCUGUUUGUGCAUCAGGGAAAGCCAUGGCCUUGGGCUUGAAUGUUUUAAACCUCUUUUAUAAGUUCAAAGUGUUGGUGCUUGUCACUUUAUUUGUGAUGGUGCUAUGGACCACAUUCGGUUACUUAGUGGACACCAGACAGGAACUUCCUAAAGCUAAGAUUAUGGUGGAGUUUUUCAGGAAGGUAACCAGCCUGGAGCACAGUCAAAAGGAAGAGAAGAUUGAAUCCACUGCAGAUGUUCCCAUGGUGAAAUCAUUUCAGAGUCCCUGCCCAGCUCUGUCUCCGUACCUGCGAGGUGCCAGGAAACUCUCCUUCAAACCAUCUGUUACACUGGAGGAAGUGCAAAAGGAGAACCCUCAGGUAGCCAAGGGCCGGUACCACCCUGUGGAGUGCUCAGCCCUGCAGCACGUGGCCAUCCUUAUCCCACACCGCAACCGAGAGAAGCAUCUGCUGUACCUCCUGCAGAACCUCCACCCCUUCCUGCAGAGGCAGCAGCUGGAUUAUGGCAUCUAUGUCAUUCACCAGGCUGGAAACACCAAAUUUAAUCGAGCCAAACUCCUGAAUGUAGGAUACCUAGAGGCCAUAAAAGAAGCAAACUGGGACUGUUUCAUUUUCCAUGAUGUGGAUCUGGUGCCAGAAAAUGACUUUAACAUUUACAUGUGUGACACACAACCAAAGCACCUUGUAGUUGGCAGGAACAAUACUGGAUACAGGUUACGGUACCGGGGAUAUUUUGGAGGUGUAACUGCUCUUACAAGAGAUCAGUUUUCCAAAGUGAAUGGAUUUUCUAACAACUACUGGGGUUGGGGUGGAGAAGAUGAUGACCUUCGAAUCAGGGUUGAGAUGCAGAAGAUGAAAGUGGUGAGGCCGCCUGCUGAUGUGGCCAGGUACACGAUGAUCUUCCACAACCGUGACCAUGGUAAUGAGGAGAAUCGGGAGAGGAUGAAGCUUCUCCGUCAGGUCUCAAGAACAUGGAAGACAGAUGGGCUGAAUUCCUGUUCCUAUAAACUGCUCUCUGUGGAACACAACGCGCUGUACAUCAACAUAACGGUGGACUUCAGUGUGCAGCCCAAGGUCUCAUAGGGGCCAGCAUGUCUCAGGUUAUAGGAAAUGCCAACAGAUCUCCUUUGUGGCUGCUGUUAGAUCAGAUGACUUCCAGCACCUGCUUGGAAGAGUCCUUCAGUAGCAUAGGAGAAAGUGUUCCUGCACAGCAUCUCAUUGACUGGUUGAGAGUUUCCUUUUGUGAGGACUGGAGUUACAGACUGACCCAAUGGACAGGUCCUCAUGUUCUUCUAUGCACUUUUUGCUGGGACUUUGGAAAAAGUGUCCUUGUUUGGGCUGGUCCAGUGGAAGGACUUGAACAAAGUCCCUGAAAAAAAAUUUGAUUUUGCAACUAUUUCUAAAGUUAUUUGUGAUCUCAUUGAAAGUACAAUAAUUCUUCAAGAAUGACAAACUUGAUGAGAAAAGUUAAGUUAAUUUUUUUCUAGCCUAAGGAAAAACUGCUUAUGUGUGAGGGAAGGGCAGUAAUGGUAAUGGGUAAGGAGAUGUUACAAAUUUCUCAAUAAAUGCAGUCCACUGAA